AUGUCAUCAUUCAGGGUCGCUCUUCUCGGUGCUUGCGGUGGUAUCGGACAGCCUCUCGCUCUUCUCUUGAAGCUCAACCAGAAAAUCUCUGAGUUGGCUCUUUACGAUAUCAAGCAGGCUCGUACUCCUUGCGCCGGUGUUGCUGAGGAUUUGAGUCACAUCAACACCCCCGCUGAGGUUAAGGGUUACGCCGGUGAGGAGGAACUCGAGGCUUGCCUCACUGGAAGCAAGCUCAUCGUUAUCACUGCCGGUGUUCCUCGUAAGCCCGGCAUGACCAGAGAUGAUCUCUUCUCAGUCAAUGCUGGUAUCGCAGCUG